UGCGCAGUUUGCGUGCGGUUUUAGGAGCAAUAGGAUGCAGCAGCAGCAGCAGCAGUAGAAUCAGCGGUCGCCAAAUAAUCAACUUCAGCGGGUUAAUUUCUAGAAAGGAGUAUGCCCACAGUGAUUGAACAAUUUUAAAAACCAUAUAAACUCAAAACAAGUGAAUGGAAAAUCAAAAUAAUAACAUUUUUGAGUGACUAUCAAUAUAAAAUAAGAGUGUGGAAAGUUCGGUGCUUUUUUUGGGCUCUGCAAGGACCCUUGGAUUACCUUGCGGGGCGAGCGGAAACGGAAGACAUAUCUUCGCUUUCGGAAGCAUUGGAGCGACGGAAGAGGAAACCGGGUGAACAGAUCGAAGGAGGCUGCAACACGAAGAUAUCGCAGCUGCAGCAGCCACAACUGUGGCAUUAGCAAGUGCAGCAGCAACAUAGGAACGUUGGAGACCGAGGAAAAGAAAGGUCGUCCUUCACUCGCUCCCCAUUUUUUCGGGCAGUGUAUAUUUUUAAGCCAACAAAGACCACCAAGCCGCCGGCAGUGAGUUGCGGUAAAGGCGGCGCUGCAGCCGCAGAAAAUGGCCGCAGCGACAACGGCAACAUCCACAAGUGCAGCGGCGAUAACAAUAGCAGCAGCAGCAGCAGCAGCAGCAACACCAGCCACAGCAGCAACAUGAAUGCGACCUGCAACAGCUGCAGCAGCAACAUUGCACGACAACGCCGAUGAUAAUAAUAAAGAUGACGAAGCGGACGAUGACGUUGAUGACGACGUUGCCGAGUUGCAUUUUCAAGAGCCACAACACAAUGCCAAGUGCCAACAACAAGAUGAGCGAAGGGGGAAACUAAGUGCCAAAGGCAACCGCAGCAACACACUCGCAGCAGUAGCAGCAACAGCAGAAGUAGCAGCAACAGCGGCAACAGCAGCAACACACAAGCAGCAGCAACAGUGAAAAUAUUUUUCGCUAGCCAAGCAGAAUCAAAACUAAAUUUACAUAACAAAACAGGAGCAGCCAAAACAGAAGAUUCAAGUGAAUUUCUCGUUCUCAAAAAGCGUAAUCAAAAGAAGGGGCAACAUAGCCAGCUGCAAAAUUCCCGACAGCAACAUGUCGGCUCUAGUGGGCGGCAGGGGGCGUGGCCUCUGGAUGGUACUCCUACUGGCCACCACACUGGGCGGUGGUGGCUGGGCGGCACCCACAGCCGGUGGUGCAGCGGUGGGGGGGCAAAAGCAGCAGCACCACCACCACCAUUUGGAAAUCGGGGUGCAGGGCAACACGCCGACACUGAUGGACGCCAGCACCACCAGGGAAGGGAAGCAUGCACCACUGGCUACCACUAAGGACCCACCAAGGCCCAGCACCACCACCACCACCACCGAAAUGCCAAAAGCCACCGAAGAAUUAAAGGCGGCUGAACAAGUGCCAAUAGAUAAAAAAGCUGAGAGUGGAGCAUCUGAAAGUAGCACCACUGAAAGGGGAACCACUGAAAGUAGCACCACUGAAAGGGGAGCCACUGAAAGGAGUACCACUGAAAGUAGCACCACUGAAAAAAGUACCACUGAAAGUACCACUAGUGAAAGUAGUCUCUCGGAAAGAAGAACCCCUGAAAAAAGGACCACUGAAAGGAGAAUUAUUGCAAGUAGCACCACUGAAAGUAGCACCACUGAAAGUAGCACCAGUGAAAGAAGCACCAUUGGAAGUAGCAGCACCGAAAGGAUUACCACUGAAAUUAGAACCACUGAAGAGAGCACCACUGAAACCGCAACCAUUGAAAUUGGGAGAUCAGUAAAUAAGACAUCAGCACCACCAAGCAAAGAGGGUUCCAAAAAGGAGAUCCAGGUGGUGCAGCUGCUGGACUUGGAGCACACGGUGGCCCCACCCUUGGACAGUGGCCACGAUGGCCUCAAGCUGACCAAGAAGAAGCAGCUGCAGCAGCAGCACUUCCCAUCCACCACCAUGGCCACGCCCACCAUUGAAACGGAGAUGGAGAGGAUACCCACAACCAGCAGCACCACCACCACCACUGCAACCAGCCAGGCACCACCGCCCCCGGCCACGCCCCUGCUGCCCGUGCACAAUGGCUAUCUGGGACCGAUCUUCAUGGGCGAGAAGACCUUCAGUGUGGUGCAUCCGCUGAAGAAGCCGCAGCCGGCGAACCACCAGCACGUGGCCUCCAUCGAGAGCCAGUUGCGCAAUGGCCGCCUGGUGGAGAUUCUGGCGCCCACCGCUCUGCUGGAGCAGAUACCCGAGCUCCCCAGCACCACCCACGCACCACCGGCCGGAGCAGGAGCCGCCUCCUCGGUGCUGUCCACCACCGUGUUCCAGGUGCCCGAGCUGCAGACCAGCCUGCCCGUGAGCAACCAUGUGGUUGGUGGUGCCGAGCUGGCUGCACCACCACAACAAUCAGCACCGCGCACCGAGUCGAAGAUCUCCGACAUACAGAUCGAGGUGUACGACUCCACGGUGGACUCCAUAGUGGCAUCGACGAAUUUCCGGGACAGCGAGGGCUUCUAUGCACCACCGCAGCAGGUUCCGCUGGAAAUGGGCACCACCAAGCCGCCGCGUGGACUACUGCAGAUGCCGAUGCCACAGGAGCGGUUCACCCAGUAUGUGAUCGAUCGGGCGGAUGUGUCCACGCAGCCGGCAUCGGGUGGUGCAGCUGUGGGCAAGCCCGAGCCGGCGGCCAUCGAGAUCCACAUCAAUGUGUCCGAGGCAUUUGGCAGCGAGAGCGAGGAUCUGGAGUUCUCCUACAGGCAGCCCUCGCUGGUGGCCGAGAAGCAGGGCAAGCCCGGCGACGAGGUCCUGGUGGUGGAGAUCAUCGACGGUGGUGCGGACAACAGCAGCGCGGAGUCGGGUGGUGCCAGUGCCUCCUCCUCCUCUUCAUCCUCCUCCAGUGGCGAGCACAUCAACCCCAUAUUCACCUUCCGCAACUCGGAUGCGAUCGCCGCACCACCGCCCCCCGUACGCCCACCGCAGUCCGUUCAGGAUGCCGACGAGCUGUUCAUGGCCGAUCUGAAGGAGGGCGGUGGUGCAGUGGCACUGCCACGCCCACCGCCUCCGCCACCACCGCCGCCGCCGCGAAAGCCCAGCAUCGAUCGCGACUCGGACACGAUCUUCUACAUAUCGAACACGGAGGUCAAGGUGGGUGAGUCGCUGCCCACGGUGGUGCCGGUGGGUGAGCAGCAGCGGAAGUUCCAGCUGGAGAACCAGUUCUUCCCCGCCAGCUAUGUGAUGGACACCCAGCAGCAGCAGCAGCAGUCGCAGUCGCAGCAGUCCCCGAAACAAAUCUCCGAGGAGGACAUCAUCCUGUCGCCACUGUCGCACCACAAUCCUGAUGCACUGAAGAUCUUUCGCAGCUCGUCGUCGUCAUCAUCGUCGAGCAGUGGCGAUGGUGCACCACCGCUGGACGUGACCUAUGUGGGUGAGUCCGUCAUCGAGGUGGAGCAGCAGCCGCAGGGCUGGAGCAGCACGGCCGCACCACCGCAACAGCAGCAACAGUUGCAACAGCAGGACAUCAUCAUCCAGCCGGCGGUGCUGCCGGAUCUGGCCAUUGGAGUGCCCGUGAUCGGGGAACUGCCGCCGCAGAUCGAGCUGAAGGAGAUCGACUACAUGCCCGGCGAACUGGGCCAGAACGGCAUUGGGAUCUACGAGAACGACAUCCAGAGCAACAGCAUCGAUAGCGAACCGGAUGUGAUCGAGAGCUCCAUUCAGUAUGGCGGCGACCUGAUCGACGAUGGCGCCGGCGGCGGCUUCGAUGGCGUGGAGGGCUCCUAUCCCUUCGAGAGUCCCUCGCACCGCCAGGUGGGUCAGGGCCAUGGCCUGAGCCUGAGCCACCUGCCGCACCACCAGUCCGCCAACCACUUGCACCGCGAACAGCUGCCCUCGGCGGAGAUGCUCAAUGCCACGCUCCUCCAGCGGUAUGAAAGUGGAUCCGGAUCGGGAUCGGGAUCGGGUUCCGGGUCGGGAUCUGCCUCGGCAAUGGCUCCUUUGAUGGCCAGUGGAAGUGGCAGGUCUGCAAAUGCCACUGCCCUCGCCGAAGAUCCUCUGGCCGACUACGAUGGAUUCUUCAAUCUCUUCGCCGUUUCCAUGGGUCUCAUCAUUGUCAUUUUGCCCUCAGCUCUGCUGGUGUCCAUGUACUGCGCUGUAAAGUAUGUGCUCAGCAAAAACGCAGGAACGGGAUCGGGUGGCGCCCAAGGCGACGACAGUGAACAGGGCCAGGACUCCAAGAACGAGUCAGAAUCGUCGUCAUUCUCAUCAUCUGGCUCGGCAUUUGCAUCCGCCAGCGCCACCACCUCCACCUCCCCACUGCCACGCCCACGCCCACGUCCACGCCCAGACCACCACCCACCGCCCACAACCAUGCCCCCAACUGAAGGCAGUCAAGGCCAUUUUCUGUCGCCUGGUCUGGAGCGCCUCGAGUUUCGAUUCGACGGCAAGUUGGUGAGCCAUGUGGGUGGUGGUGGUGGCUCAAUUGGUGGCUCUGGUGGCGGCGAUGGCGAUGGCGAUGGCCGUGGCGGCUUUACUCCCUGUGGCUCCGUCACCAAGAUAACGCUCAAAGAUAAUCAUCUGAUUGUUGUCACCGAGGAGCGCCACGACAUUUCGCGCAAUGCCCGGGAGACGAAAAUGCACUCGGAAAAGGAUGGCGUCUUUGUGGUGGAGGUGGCCCGUGGCAUCGACUCUAAGCAGUUGGCCGGGGAUCAAUCCGGCGUGACCUUGGACGCCACCGAACUGCCCUUCGACAACAAAUUGGCGCCCAACGGGGGGCACUUGCUCGACAAGAGUCUACCACCGUGCAGCCACGAGCAGGUGCAGAUUCAUGCGCCGCCCCAGGACUUCGUCGCCGGCCAUCCUGCCCCCCUGCACCUCAUCGAGGAGGCCGAGGAGCAUGUAGCCGAGGAUUUGGCCCAGCAGGCCGACGAAACCCACUCCGAUCUGGCUCGCACUGGCCUCUCGCAAUCGGACCUCAGUUCCACCUCGUCGAGUGACUCCAACAAGCGGUACUCCUACGGCAACCAGGAGCUCUAUGUCAUCGAUCAGCCCGGCUAUGUCACCAGUUCGCCCACAGCCAAGCCCAUUUCGAUAAGCCCAAGCCAAAAUCAAGGUCAGGAGGUGGAGAAACCUGAAAAGUCAGAGGAAGAAGUUGGUAAAUCAGCUGAGGCUCUAGGCUCAAGCCAAGUGACCGAGAAGAAGGCAGAGGUUCACUCGGUAAAGAAGGGUGAGACCAAAGAGGCAGAGGCUCCACCAGAAAAGUCAGCUAUCCCGGCUAAGGUGACAGAGGUUCAACUCAAAGAAGACAAGGUGGCUUCAUCUAAUGAGGAAGUAUCUCCAUCGAAAGUGGAAGUGACUCUACCAAAAGUGGAAGUGACUUUACCAAAAGAGGAAGUGACUCUACCAAAAGAAGAAGUGGCUCUAUUAAAAAAGGAAGUAGCUCCACCAAAAGAUGAGGUUGGUCCACUAAAAGAGGAAGUAUCUCCACCAAAAGAGGAAGUGACUUCACCAAAAGAGGUAGUGACUUUACCAAAAGCGGUGGUGACUUUACCAAAAGAGGAAGUGACUUUACCAAAAGAGGUAGUGACUCCACCAUUAGUGGAAGUCUCUCCACCAAAAGACGAACCAUUUAAGGAUGACGCUCAGCCCGAAAUAGAACUAGCUAACCAAAUCGAAGCUAAGCCCGAAUCCAAGGAAGAACUCCCAGUCGAUGCCAGACCAGAUCUGGUUCAGACCCAUUUCGUGUCGGAUAAGGAGUCAGCAUCACUAGUCGAAUCGCAGCAGUUGGAAGAAACUGCACAUCACGAAAUCGAAACGGAGGCUGAGGGCAACUACGACAGCCUGAUGAGCCUGCCGGCGCCACCAUCCACGGAGGAGAUCAAGGAGCUGGGCGACUACACGCUCAUCGAGUCCAACCAGUUGGACAGCCUGCCACCGCCGCCGCCGCCACCACCACCGCUCCUGGAGGCCACCGCCUGCUCCCCUCCUGCAAAUGGCAAGCAACCAAUGGGAAUUGUCAGCAAUGGGAACGGGAUGGGCAAGGUGGUCACCGUGGUGGUGACCGGCGGGGAAGAGCCCACCACCCUGACACCACCCGCCUCGCCGCCCGCCUCCCCGCCGCCCUCGCAGACAUCGACGCAGUUCGGCAGCGGCAGCAAUGGGCUAACCAACGGCAUGCAUGCCCACACCCAUACCCUUCCCAUCGUGGACGUGAAUGGCAGUUAAGAGAUUGGGUGAGAUUAAGAGUAAGAAGGUAAGAAGGAUUACGGAGCGGUGCAGUGCGUCUGCCGCGUUUUUUUUCAUCGGAUCUCAUAGAGAUUCCCGCGAGAGACGGAGCCGACUAGCUUGUAAGGAUUACUAGGGUAACCCCGAAAUCCCAGAUAAAACAAAAAAAACUGUGGCAAAACCGCGUUCUCAACCAAAACUUAAAUUUAAAUAUACACUAAAUAGAGAGAAACUUUUUCCACUUACUGUUUGUUGAUUUACGAAUAUAACGAAUAAUAACAAUUAAAUGCGAUUAAUAUAAAUAAAUCAUAAUUAAUUGUUUGUCUUUUUGCGGCUGGCAGCCUCUCCAACCCCCCUCCCGCCACCCCACCUACCAUCCACCAUUUACCACCCAAUCGCUCCACUUCUCUCUCCAUUUUGGGGGGGUUGCGGCUAUCGAGUAUUUCAAUGUCUAUAACUACAAUAAAGCGAAACAAAAACAGAACUAAAAAAAAGUCAAAUCAAAUACAAAUACAAAUACGAUAGAAUCUGCAUACGAACAUACAUAUAUAACUAAUGAAAUGCGAUAUACAUAGGCAAACGAAACGGAUCGAGGUUCGCAUUAAAUAUAAAAAAGUAACUACCGAUAUGUAACGAUGCAUAAUUUAUUAGGCUAAUUAUUUACACACACAACAACAGCGCCAAAAAUGGUAAUUUCAUACCAGCAGCAACCGCAGAAAGGGCAUAAUUGUAGUACAUUUAUUUGGGUUCGAUUGGCAACUUCAUGGGCAGCCAAUAACAUCAAAGUGUGUCCUGUGUCCGGAUCCCCAUUGAGGUUGAGUGUAUAGAGUUUUAAUUAGCAGAAAGGAAGUCACAGUUGGUUUCAAAAGUAUCAAUUGCCUUUAAAAAGGGGUUUUCUUUAAGGGAAUUUCGAUGAAAUCAAAUUAAUUUUAAAUAACAAUUUUGAAAUUUGAAAGGCAUAACACCAUGUGCAAAGCCUUUUAACUUUUCUAAAACAAAACUUAGUAGAAAUCUGCACACCUUAAGUACACCAAUUUACGUACUAGUUUCCCACAUUUUAAUUUUCAAAUUCCCAGGGCAAGAGGAUAAUUAGAAAGGCAGUUAGCAACCCAAAUCAAAUUCCGGACACAGAACACACCCAAAUAUCGUCGAUAUUUCGAUAUUCGUGUUUCGCAAAUUACACAAUUCACUUGACAAAAUCAAAUGUGCCGAACUUUUGUAGCAAGCCAACACAAUUUACAAAGAGAAACGAACAAUUUAUACAAUGCCAAUAUGGUGAUUACUGCAGAAUUAUGUAACCUUUUAAACAAUAAAGCAAAAAUAGUUAUAGUCCUAGUCGAUAUAUAUAUAUAUAUAUAUGUGUAUGUAUAUUUUUUUCGUGUGUGUGUAAGGAGAAAUUAGACGAAAAGAGGACUUCAACUCCAAGCAAAUGAGAACUUAAUAACUAACGAUAGACUUAAGCAAAUUGGCAACCUAGAUGAAUGCAGAACGUGGACAUUUCCGGUAUAUUUGUCCCCACAUUUACGGUAUAUCCACAUAUAUACAGCAUUGAUAAAAUAUAGAACAAAACUUAACUCCUUAAAAGCGAAUUCUUAGAAGUUAAGCCAGACAAAGACGGAAUAAUAAUGAAAGUGCACUGCAAGUGGCGCGUUAUAGUGUAAGUAGUAGGAAUUAACUAUGCCCCGGAUAUAGUGAAGGGGUCGUUUAUAGGUGGAACAUAAUCCCUGGCUAACGAUUAACCACUUUUGUUGUUUACGUUUGUUCAAAUUGUUUUAUUGACAAUUAACCCCGAUGGGCGAGCGAGAAUGCCAAUGAGAAAAUAUUAUGAAUAUUAUAAAUGAAUAACCAAAAAAGAAAAACAAACAAAAAAAAAAACACUACUCGUAAAUCAAAUAUAAAAGUUAGGUAAUGCGUGCAGAUUUUUUUUUUGUGUCGAUCGAAAAGAUAAGAAAAAAAAGUAAAUGUGAUUGUUAAUUAACCUUAAGUUAUAAUUAAAACCUAACUUAAACUGAUAUGUGUGUGUGUGUGUGCGUUUAAGAAAUAAAGCAUGCCAAACGAAACGAACCGAAUUGAAAGCAAACGAAACGAAUGGCAAUGGAACGCUCAAAAGUAAAAAGGCAAGCGAUAACCAAUUACCGAUUACCGAUUAUUGAUUAACGAUAGCUGGCAACUAGGCGAGUGCAUGCUAACCCGAAAUAAAUGAAAUUCAAUAUUAAGAACGAUUGCAACCGAAACCAAAUGAGAAAUACACACGAAAAGCAAAGUCA